AUGACUAGUUCUAUUGAUGAAGAAAAUGCAUCGGCAAGACGGGCCGGACAUGCCGACCCAGAAACUUCUUCGGCUGAGUCCAGCCAUCUUGCAGAACAAAUCCAACGCGCCUCUUGUGUCGAGCAGAGGCUAGGGGUGCACUGUGACUCGGAAGAUGAGGCCAGACAAUCCAUCGGCACGACCAGUAUCCCGAAAUCUCCUUCAACGACAAUAGAUUCAGACGAGUCCUUUCAAUGUCGAGGUCUCCAAUACGACCCGGAGCAACGGUGGUCUAACCCCAUCCCACGAGAGCCGAUCGUCUGGGCUUCCGGAUCAAGGUUGGGCCACCGCAGAAGCAUUCCAGCAUCUCCAGGGACAGUAGCAUCGGAUUCUGACGAGUCUUUUCAAUGCCGAGGCCUCCAGUGGCAGCACGAGCCUGGAUUUCGCCAGCAAGAGUCAAUUUCGGCCUCCGGAUCACGAUCAAGUCGCAGAGGAGGUGGACACUCCAGGAACAUUUCGACUUCGCCUGAAGCCGUCGACUCGGAUUCGGACGAGUCUUUCCAAUGUCGAGGCCUUUCAUUCCAAAGCUGGCCUGACUUUGGCUCACAAAAGUCGGUUUCCAGGGUUUCAGCAAGAGAUUCCGACGAGUCAUUCCAAUGUCGAGGCCUCUCGUAUCAGAGUCAGCCCGACUUUGGCUCACCUGUUGAUGAUUCAAUUUCCCGGGCUUCGGUAUCAGAUUCUGACGAGUCCUUCCACUGCCGAGGCCUGUCAUAUCAGAGUCUGUCUGACCUGCGCAGGCCGGAUCCUCUCACCCAAGCUCCAAGUACCCGGACCUCCGCUGGGGGCAUCGCUCACAAGAAUCCUGCAAAGGGUAAAAAUUUUCUAGGAUUGCGGUUAGAUCUGUCCUCCAUUUCUAAUUUCCAGCUCAAAGAGAACCGAUCAAAUCGUCGGCAAGAUUCGACCGAAAACCAGGCUCUCAACCAACGAAUUGAAGUUCAGCCUCUGGCCUCGCCGAUUGUUGCAAGUCCACCGCCACCGAUCAAUUCGGCGGAGACCCCCCUUAGAAAAGCCGGCAUACCCAUACUAGGCAGUUCGAAGCUUCGAACACUCAAGCUAGAGAGGAAAAACCGCCGGAAAGGUCCUCUGCAGGGUAUCAAAACUGCCCUUAAGAAAAUAUUGAGAGUUCCUAAGAAGGACUAA